CAGCUCGCCGAGUUUGUUGUCAAUGACAGCUGCCUACUAACUAAAGUCAUGGCGCUGCUCAAACAAAGUUGCUGCAUAGCCGGUCGUUUCUCCUCAUAUCAGCUCUGUCUGAGUCCCAAACCCAUCCCACAUGUGUACUCAAACAGUGUAACAACUGCGGCCAAAUCGUCUCCAGACCGAAGUGAGAUGAAGAAGCAGCUUCUAAGUGAAGACGGACCUGAUCUGCAGGACUUUAUUUCUGGGGAACUGUCAGAGAAAAGCGUGUGGGGGGAGUACAAGGGAAACCUGAAGAGACAGAAGGGAGAAAGGCUGAGACUUCCUCCGUGGUUGAAGACUGAGAUUCCCAUUGGAAAAAAUUUCAACAAGCUGAAGAACACGCUGAGAGACCUCAACUUGCACACAGUGUGUGAGGAGGCCAGGUGUCCAAACAUCGGGGAAUGUUGGGGAGGAGGAGAGUACGCCACAGCUACUGCCACCAUCAUGCUGAUGGGAGAUACCUGCACCCGCGGCUGCAGGUUCUGCUCGGUAAAGACAGCCCGUCAGCCCCCGCCCCUGGAUCCAGACGAGCCGUACAACACGGCUAAAGCCAUCGCCGCCUGGGGGCUGGACUACGUGGUUCUGACCUCCGUUGACAGAGAUGAUAUUGUUGAUGGAGGAGCGGAACAUUUUGCAAAGACUGUUUCUAACCUGAAGGAAAGAAACUCUCAGAUCCUGGUUGAAUGUCUGACCCCGGAUUUCCGGGGUGACCUGGCUGCCGUGGAGAAGAUCGCCCUGUCAGGGUUGGAUGUUUACGCCCACAAUGUGGAGACAGUACGUGAGCUGCAAAGAUUUGUACGUGACCCCAGAGCGAACUUCGACCAAUCCCUGAGUGUCCUGAAGCACUCCAAGAAGGUCAAUCCCAGCGUGCUCACCAAGACGUCCAUCAUGCUGGGCCUGGGGGAGACUGACCAACAGAUCCUCGACACUCUGACUGAGCUGCGAGAGGCAGGUGUGGACUGUCUGACUCUUGGCCAGUAUAUGCAACCCACGAAGCGCCACCUCAAAGUGGAGGAAUAUGUCACUCCUGAAAGGUUUGCCCACUGGGAGAAGGUUGGAGGUGAAAUGGGUUUUGUCUACACAGCCAGCGGGCCGCUGGUCCGAUCCUCCUACAAAGCAGGCGAGUUUUUCUUGAAGAAUCUACUGCAGAAGAGAAAAGCAGAAGUUGCAGAGUGAAAACUUCCAGAGGCCGCUCUCCGUUUCUUCCUGCUGUGACAUCCAUCCAUACCUGCUUCCUGUUCAGGAUGACGGGGAUCUCCUGGUCUUCAGAUAAAAGGCAGGGCUUCACUGCAGUCUUAGCUGGCAAAAAAAAGCUUAGUUUUCUAUAAAUACUAUAAUCCACUGUUUUCAACUCUAGCACGGAAACUGCACUGAUCCAAUAAAUCAUAAGAAGUCAUGCAAUAUUUAAUAGGGUCAUAUAAAAAUAAAACACGUUAAUAUGAUUACAUGUCUACAUACUUGUUCUUUGGCAUUUUCCUGUAAAAAAAAAAAAAAAACAGUAUA